CUGAUUGAAAGAAUGAGCCUUUUAUCUGUUUAUAAGGAUACAUAAGAUGACAAGACAACAAGGAAUGGAGAGAAAUGUAGACUAGUGCUUAGAAAGCUGUUCCAGUAGACUGAUAAUGGGGACAGAUCAGACAACUGUUGACACUGAAGUCCUGAAGAGGAGACUCUCAGAAAAUUUCCUGGCAACUGAUUUAAGAUGGAGCUUUUUUGUCUCAGCAUUAUACAGUUACAGAUUUGACACUGUAUUGAAGCCUUUUCCACCACACUUUUUAAAGGAGAAUGGAGAGAAAGAUAUGAAAAAACUUGAGAGAGUGGUUGAUAAGGUACCAAAAUUAAGUCAGCUGGAAUCCAGUAAUGGUGAGAUACAAGACUUACUGACAUGGGUGACAGAUACCAAAAACUUCUCUAUAGUGAAAACAGCAUUGUCAAAGUUUGAAGAAAUCCAAGCACUCACCAAAGACAGCGGUGUGUCAGCUGUGAAACCAAACUUUAUCUUUGAGGUGACCUACUCACAAGCUGCUGAUGCUAAAUUUCAGGAUGUCAGGAAAGGGAGAGAACUCUUAUUUGCAUAUCAUGGUAGUCGACUGGAGAACUUCCACUCUAUAUUGCACCAUGGAUUAGCCUCUCAUAUGAAUAAGGUUGGUGUGUUUGGGGAGGGGACCUACCUCUCCAGUGAACUCUCUGUGUCCCUGCAUUACAGCCCCAUGGGGAGAAGCUGGGAGAGAAGCAGCCUAGGUGACAAACUCAGCUGUGUGGCCGUCUGUGAAAUGAUUGAUCAUCCAUCUGUAAAAUGUCAGGUCAAGGACAAUAACAACAGAUCUCGUGCUGGCGAUAGCAUGGCAGGACAAGUUCCAGACAAAUACUAUGUGGUACAAAACAAUGAAGUGAUCCGAGUGAAAUACCUCCUGGUUUACUGCCAAAAGUCUGUCUCUCAAAGGGGAUCAACAUCUGCUAUCAGGUCCUGGUGCUUUAGACACAAGUUUUUGCUAAUGAUGAUUGUGUAUGCACUCAUCUUAAUCAUUGUUGGACUCGCCAAUUCAAAGACUUUCCGCUAUCAACUCAAGAAGUUUGGCAUGUUCAAACAGAGAUGAUAAAGUAUGACUCAAGAAGUUUUUAUAGCUUAAAUAAUUAUUAUAAGUAACAACAGCUGUACCCUUUAAAGCAAUUGCUGAGGGUAUAUUGUUGAUAUUACUGGCAUUUAUUUCAAGCAUUUAUAGUAUUGUGGACCCAAAAAAUAUUGGUAAUGUGUAUAUCAAUUCUAAUCAAUCUGUACAUCUUUUCAUUUUGCUAUACUUGUUGUUUGAUGUAUUUAGAAAGAAG